AUGACUGAAGGUAGUGGCAGCAAGGAUGCUGGUAAGCAAGAUGCUAGCAAGAAAGAUGUUGGUGCCAAGAUUGAUGCUGGCAGUAAACCAAAGGACAAAAAAGCUGUCGACGUGAAGAAGUUCAUGACCGACCUUCUUACCGGAGGAACUGCUGCUGCCAUCUCAAAAACCGCCGUCGCUCCUAUCGAGAGAGUCAAGCUGUUGCUUCAGGUGCAAGAUGCCUCGAAAACAAUUUCGGCUGAAAAACGGUACAAAGGCAUAAUCGAUGUAUUGGUUCGCGUUCCGAAAGAGCAAGGAUUCUUUUCACUCUGGAGAGGAAAUCUGGCAAACGUGUUGAGAUAUUUCCCGACACAGGCACUCAACUUCGCGUUUAAGGAUACGUAUAACGUGAUAUUCUUGAAAGGCAUUGACAAAAAGAAAGAUUUCUGGAGAUUUUUCGCUGGUAACCUUGCAUCAGGAGGAGCUGCCGGUGCAACAUCUCUUUGUUUCGUAUAUCCACUUGAUUUUGCUCGAACUCGGCUGGCUGUUGACAUUGGAAAAGGAAAGGGACGAGAAUUCCAGGGACUCACUGACUGCUUGGUUAAGGUUUUCAAGUCUGACGGACCAAUAGGCUUGUAUCGUGGAUUCAUCGUGUCCGUACAGGGGAUUAUCAUUUAUCGUGCAGCAUACUUUGGAAUGUUCGACACGAUCAAGUACCAUUUAGCUUCAGAAGGGAAGAAGCUCAACUUCUUUGCGGCCUGGGCUCUCGCACAGAUUGUGACUGUGAGCUCAGGUAUUAUGUCCUAUCCUUGGGACACUGUGAGGAGACGUAUGAUGAUGCAGUCGGGUCGAUCAGAUGUCCUCUAUAAGAAUACACUCGAUUGUGCCUUAAAAAUCAUAAGAAAUGAAGGAUUGAAGGCAAUGUUCAAGGGUGCUCUGUCGAAUAUUUUCCGUAGCACUGGAGGAGCUCUUGUGCUUGCAAUCUAUGAUGAGAUUCACAAAUUCCUUUGA